AAAAAAGUUAACCCAUCAAUUGAGUGCCUAAUCUGAAACAAGAAAAUUUAUCAUACGAGUGUUAUAACUUCACUUACAUAAAUACAUUAGUAUUGAUCCAUUUUCAAUAUAUUUGGCAUUUUGGUUAUCAAAAUUCGAGGUGGUGACUGGACUCUUGGAGCAUCGUCGGGGUUGACUCGAUAUGUUUAAUGUUUUAGAAACCAGAUUGGAUCACAGAUGAUCGUGGAUGUAUCCUAAACAAAUGGGACGGAUGACAAAACGGAAAAGCAUCUAAAUGCGAGGCGAUACAGCCGCAUAGCAGAGUGGUGCCUCGCGGUGCCAAUUUUUACCCUGAAAAUGGCCACUAAUCAAGUCGACUAUCAGUGGGCUUACUCCAUUAUGGAUUCGUCCAGGGUCUCCACAUUUCUCAUCUCGAUUCUGCUGAUUGUUUAUGGCAGCUUCAGAUCAUUGAAUAUGGAGCAGGAGGCUAGGGAGAGAGAGAAAGAGAAGGAGAGAGUGAAUUUAUUGAGUGGUAUUGUCAGUGGUACUAACUCGGAUAGUUCCAAUGGUGGUGUACAAACUCUCGACACAAUGCAUGCACUCUGCUUACCUCUUGGAGCUUCCAUAUCUCUUCUCAUCAUGUUUUUCUUCUUCGAUAGUAUGCAGAUGUUAUUUGCAAUAUGUACUGCGAUUAUAGCAACAGUGGCUCUGGCAUUUCUUCUGUUACCCAUGUGCCAGUACAUAAUAAGACCCUGUUCAGACGGUAAUAAAAUAUCGUUUGGUGUCUGUGGAAGAUUCACAGGUGCUGAACUACUGUCAUUCUCAUUGAGUGUCAGUAUAGUAUGCAUAUGGGUACUCACUGGACACUGGUUACUCAUGGAUGCAAUGGGCAUGGGUCUAUGUGUUGCAUUUAUUGCAUUUAUCAGAUUACCCAGCCUAAAAGUGUCGACGUUAUUACUCACUGGACUACUCAUUUAUGAUGUCUUUUGGGUAUUCUUCUCGUCGUACAUAUUCAGCACAAAUGUUAUGGUUAAGGUGGCGACAAGACCAGCAGACAAUCCAGUCGGUCUGGUAGCCCGCCGACUGCAUCUCGGAGGUGUAGCACGUGAGGCCCCAAAGCUCUCAUUACCUGGCAAACUCGUAUUUCCCUCGAUGCACCAGGCCGGCCACUUUUCCAUGCUUGGCCUCGGUGAUGUUGUGAUGCCUGGAUUACUACUGUGCUUUGUCCUACGUUAUGAUGCCUACAAAAAAGCCCAGUUGAUACCUGGUGGAUGUGAGGCUGGUGUACCACCACCGAGACACCUCAGCCGUAUUAGUUAUUUUCAUUGUUCACUCAUCGGUUAUUUUCUUGGUCUACUCACUGCCACCGUCAGCUCUGAGGUCUUUAAAGCAGCCCAGCCCGCCUUACUUUACCUCGUGCCGUUUACGCUUUUGCCGUUACUCACCAUGGCGUAUUUAAAGGGAGAUUUACGCAGAAUGUGGAGUGAACCAUUCAUAACGCAUGCACCCUCAAAACACAUGGAAGUUUGACAUCCCUCAUGAAAUAUCCAUUAAUUGAGCAAAGGGUUGAAGAAGAUAGAUUUAAAGAAAAUUUGUAUAUCUUCGUAUCGGAAAAACCGUAAGUCUCUAAUUUCCCAUCAUUCUCAUUUCUACGUAAUUAAUGCUUUUAACUCAGUUAUCAGUUAAGAGAAUAUUUUAAUUUCUUCCCUGCCACGAUAUUUCAUAUUAAAUUACACAUUGAGUGUCUGCGUUAUUACAACGGCAUCAUUUUAAAAAUGAUAUUAAGAAUUUCGUGUUUGUCGUUUGUACACUAGAAAGGUAUGAAAAAAAUUAUAAAUCUUUGCGAGAUGUUAUGCACCGAAUGAACAAACUAAAGCAAAAUUCAUCGGGGUUGUGAUAAUUAGAGGUGAAUAUUAUAAUGAGAGAUUUUAUUUUUUAAAUAUCUAGGAGAAUACGUCUUAAUUUUUUGAAUAGAUAUUCAUAGAAUAAUCUCUCGCAUUCUUUUCCUCACCACGUUUAUUCACUCCUUCACAGAAUCAAUCUGCGCGUUCUUAUUAGAGGAUGGAUGAAUCCAAUUAAUUUAUAAUUAACUAAUUAACGCGUAGAUAAUGAUGAUAAGAAAGUUGAAUUUAGCAGCGGCCGUGAAAAAUAACCUGAGAUGAUUCAAUUCUGAUUAAUUGAAAUUAAAACAAUUCAUGAAUUUAUUUAAUCAUGAAGAGAACAAAAAUGAAUCGUUUUGAAUUGUAAAGGAGAACAAAUUAUUUUUUAUUGAGCAUUAUGAUGCGCAGAUGCAAGGUUAUCACCUAUAACCAGGAUCUUUUGCCAGGUAAUUAGGAGACAACUCGUAAUGAGAACCGGUGAUCGAUUGAAUUAAGAAAUAUUAUUAUUUCUCGAACAGUUAAAUGAUUAAUGACGUAAUUAAUCAAUUAAAUUGUUGAAACGGUCAAGAUUAUAUUGAUGGAAAAAUCAGCGAGACAUACAUGCUGGUUGUGAAAUUUUCAUUAACAUUAAUUAAAUAUUUAACAGAGACCGGUGAUUGCGUUUAUCAACAAUAAUUGUGUAUAUAAAUAUAUUAACUAAUAAUUUUUAUAAGAGUAAAGUGGUUCGAUGUUCAUUCGAGUUAUGUUUAGUUCGAAGAAGGGAUUGUUUUUUUUAUAAUACCAGGGAGAUUCUGUCCAUUUGAAGAAUUCAUUUAGAUGGGGCAAAAUGGUUCAGGUCUGUUGAUCAAUUCUGCAAUUUUUCGUUGGCUCAUGAAUAUAAUUUUUUGAAAUUUUUAAUGGUUAAUUGCGUCAUUGUAUUGGUAAUUAAUGUAAAAUCACAUUAAUGGAGUAAUUCCUUGGAAAAUUUUUCAUCUCCUACUAGUCUACGAGAAAUCCAUGCAAACUUAUCGCGAAAAUUGCAGUUGAUUUGAACUAUUUUACGAACCCACUUGAGAACUCAUAAAUUUUGAAAGAUCAUCAGUUCCGUAAUUGAAAAAAAAAUAGUAAAGAAACUAAUUGCAUUUAUCCCUACCAUUUUUCGAAGUAGUUUUCUCUAGCUAAUUAUGACCAGUGUGUCGUUUAAUCUUACUCGACCACAGAACUAUUGGUCAUUAUUCUUUUUUUUCCACCACGAGAACAAUUAAUGGAUUCACAUCACGAACGGGUAAUCCUUGAAAGGAUUUCUCCUUUCUGUUUCUGUUUUUAUUGCAAAAAAAACUCUUUCAAAAAUGAAGAACCAUUUGUCACGGUGAAUUUUGUGAAAAAUUAGAAAAAAAUAAUUCUCAUGAAAUUCUUGCAUUUCGUGGGAGUUGUCCCUACAACAAGUCAAUGGAUAAUUGGUGUAAUAAUUGCAGUUGGCUCACAAUAUCCUAAGGAAUUCGUAAUUCCAUAUUCACUGUGUUUUGGAGAUAAGAUCAAAUCCCAAAAAGACUGAUAACAAGCAUUGAUAUUUUACCAUGGCUUCCACCUUGCGACUUGACAUUAAAGAAUGAAUAACGCACAUACGAUUGACACUCUUCCAAAAAAAAUUACUCCUAAGAAAUUUGGGAAAUUGGAAUGAGAUGGAAAAUUUUUCAUAACUUGUAUUUGAAAUAUCACUGAAACUAUUCAUUUAGAGAUUCAAAUAGACAAAUAUCAUAUGGUCAUGAGGGAGGGUCAGUAAAUUUUCUAUAAAAACUAGCUCUUGUAGUUUUCUUUAGGAUAUUUUUUAUUUUUUUUCCUUCAUUAAUUCCUGAAUUAUCCGAAGGAUAAUAUUUCCAGGGAAUUUAGGGAGAUUAAUUGAAAUACCUCGGACAAUUGACAAAUGUGGUAAUUAAAUGAUCAUUCAAUUAAACGACCAACUUCCCUUGCAACAAGAACUAGCCAAACCCGUUCGUGAUGAAUAUUGGAUCCAACUUAUUAUUCAUUCGAUUAUAAAUCUUUCGAUUGAAUACGUUCUAUUGAAUUUGGUCAUCACUGACAUAUAUAUCAUUAUUAAUAGAUAUGACAUGUAUCAGUUCUCUUAUCAAAUAAUUAUCGAGCAAAUUGGUGAUCAAUUUUGGAGUCAUUAAAUCAUUAAUGGAGAGAGAAAAAUUAUACAAUCCGGUGAAAAGCAUAGUACUCAUUUCAAAAUUGAUUUUCCCGUUGAUAAAUCAUUUGUCUGAUUUGUAAAUAUUGCAAUGUGUUCUUGAAAUUUCAAAUAGGAGGAAUUAAGAAAGAAGAAUUUGUGCAAUAAGUUGUAAUGAUUCACUCAUUUAUUUAUUACAAUUAUAUUAAUAAAUCAGAAUCACAGGCAUGAAUGAAACCCCUUGCGAUUUCCACUCUGAUUUUUUUCUAUUUCAAUUUAUGUUUUACAAGGAAGAAAAAAAACAAAGUCAUAAUACUGUAUGCAUUAUCUUUGAUAAGACUAAAAAGAAGAAUAAAAAGAAAAAUCAUUCUCUCUUGCGGGUUUGUCUUCAAAUCGAAACGAGUGAUAUAACUGAAAAUAAUCAUUUUUCAAGAUGAAUAGAACAAUAAAAUGUUUAAUUUAUACCGGAGUGGUUGACCCCGAUAAUUCUCGAUACAUGAAAAAUCCGGAAGAGAGAUUAUGUAUAACAUGAAGAGUCUAUACAUAUAGAAGAAAACUUACAAUUGAAAAAGUGAAGAAAAUGACAUUAAAAAACCAACAACAUUCAGAAGAAAUACUAUUGCAAAAGGUGCAUCUUAAAUAGAAUGUAACUAUUGAUUAAAAACUAAAUAACAUUAAUUGAUAAUUGUAAGAGCACUCGCUUGUACUGUUGCAACUUCUUGCAUGUGUACAGCCAUGUACAUUUUUUUAUAUAAAAAAAAAACAUCGAUAAAAAUUGGAAAUAAAACUGUUUCACGCACCAGCGUGACACGUGUUUACUAGUUGACAA